AUGGGGAAUGGAGGUGUAGAUCCAUCAUUUUUCACGUCGGCAUUAGGAGGUGGUGUUCUCUUCCUAGGCAUGAUGUACAGCAGUCUGAGCAUUUCGUUGCACGAAUGGAAGGUGCAGCAACUGGUGCUCAUGGCGGCCCUGUGCUACUCUCCAGUCCGAGGGAACCUGUUUCAAAACAAACCUCUGGCCACAGAGUACGAUUUCAUCGUGGUGGGCGGUGGCUCCGCUGGUGCCGUGGUGGCCAGCAGGUUGUCCGAAAUCUCUGGGUGGUCAGUUCUGCUGCUGGAGGCUGGAGGAGACGAAAAGAUAAUAUCGCAGAUCCCGAUGCUGGUGUCCUACACGAUCCCUACGGCCCUCAACUGGGGCUACCGCGCCGAGUUCACGCCCGGGGUAUGUCUGGGCCUCAGGGACCGACGCUGCAUUUGGCCACGCGGCAAAGUGCUGGGAGGAACAAGUGUCAUUAAUUACAUGCUGUAUACACGAGGCAACCGUAUCGACUACGACCUGUGGGAAGCUUCAGGAAACCCCGGGUGGGGAUAUGAACAGAUCCUCAGUUACUUUCUCAAGUCUGAAGACCAACAGAAUCCCUACCUGGCUAGAAGCCCUUAUCACUCCACGGGCGGCCCUCUCGCGGUCAGUGAGGCCCCCUUCCGCACACCUCUCUCUGUCGCCUUUCUGAGGGCCGCCAACUCCAUUGGCUACCCACUACGGGACACGAACGGUGAACCUCACACAGGUUUCCAGUUCGUACAGGGAACGGCUCUCCGGGGCACGCGCUGUAGCUCCAACAAAGCAUUCCUCGGAUCUAGCAUAAGAAGCAGGCCCAACCUUGAGAUCUCGCUGAGAUCCCGAGUGACUCGCCUUCUCUUGGAAGGAAGUAAGGUGACCGGUAUCGAGGUGGCCAGAGACGGGAAGCGCUAUCGCGUUAAAGCGCGGAAGGAGGUAAUCUUGUCUGCAGGCAGCGUCAACUCCCCGCAGAUACUCAUGCUCUCUGGCAUUGGACCCCGGAGUCACCUGCAGGAGCUGAACAUAAGCCUGGUGCGUGACCUUGCCGUGGGGCUGAACUUGCAGGAUCAUGUGGGACUUGGCGGCCUCACCUUCCUGGUGAAUCAGUCAGUUGGCAUCACUGAGUCAGGGAUACGGAAUAUAGGGACGAUACUAAAGUGGCUGAAGGACGGUGGGGGCCCUCUCAGCGUACUCGGAGGCGCGGAGGCCAUUGGACUCCUCAACACCGCCUCACCCCACGAGGAAUGGCCCAACGUCGAGCUUAUCUUCGCCGCGGGAUCCACGAACUCAGAUGAGGGGGGUCUCAGGAUGGCUCACGAUUUAUCCGACGAGGUCUACAACAGGGUCUUCCUGCCCAUCAAGGGGCAUCCUUCCUUCACGAUAUUCCCAGUAGGUCUACGGCCACAAAGCAGAGGAGUUAUCCGCCUGAAAUCCAGCAACCCGUUUGACGCGCCACUGAUGUACCCGAAUUACUUUGCCGACCAGAGGGACGUCGAUGUGAUUGUGUCAGGUACGCGACUGGCAUUGGAGUUGGUGCAGACGUCGGCAUUCAAGCAGUUCGGCGUCAGACUCCACGAUAUUCCCAUUCCGGGCUGUGAGCAUCUCCAGUUCUCCACGGAUGAAUAUUGGGAGUGCCACCUCAGGCACUAUACAAUGUUGUUCCACCAUCAGGUAGGAACGUGCAAGAUGGGCCCAGGUUCAGACCCCGAUGCUGUGGUAGACCCACGUCUCCGUGUGCAUGGGAUUCAGCGUCUUCGAGUCAUUGACUUGUCCAUAGCGCCAAUCAUCCCCACUUGUCACACAAACGCUUUAGCUAUGGCUAUCGGUGAGAAAGGGUCCGAUCUCAUCAAGGAAGACUGGGGUGUCUCAUGGAGUAACGAGACAGGUUGCCGCACGAAGCAGACUCGGAUGAGAAGCGUGGACCUCUAAGUGUGGGCCACUAUUUACAAUUUUUACGUACAUCAGGGCGUUCUUUACAUCACUUAAUGGAUUCAGGCUAAUAAGCUUCAGUAUCAUGUCUCUGUGUCUUCAGACACGGGUUCGGCAAGAGCCUGCAAGAGAGGACCUUCUUUAUCCUCGUGUGUCCGGGAUACAGAAGAGGUGGAGGUUGUCAAGUCCGUACUGAGGAAUUUCCGCACAUAGUUCUUUCGUGGUUCAUCGUGCCAAUUCAGCUCCAUCUUAGCGACUAAUAGUUUUUGUCACAUGCCUCCCUAGUUUCGUGGUCAGCAUAUUCGCUUAGGAGGUGUGAGACC